AGCGCCACACAGAGAGGGCCACGGUUCUUACUACGGAGAGAAAGAGAGAGAGAGAGAGAGAGAGAGAGAGAGAGAGAGAGAGAGAGAGAGAGAGACACUCGGUCUCCGCCAAGACGCAUCUGUUUCAGGGUUAAGCGCUUUAUCAAACCCUGGAGCCACAACAGUACGAACCGGAGGUUCGACACCAGACGAGCGGAGGAAAGAAAUCCUGCCGAAAUGUGGCGGGCGACGCUGGAGUAACGGUUUUGGAGUAAGGCUAGAGGAGGUGAGGGGGGGGAGCUGCGUGGGUCUUCCAGGGAUGCCAUGAAAAUCACAGGAGUGGAGUGACUCGGGAGAGAGAGAGACCGCCGACCCUCGCUACGAUCACAGACAAGCGCUGGUGGCGGUGGUGGCAGAGAGGGCGAGAGAUGGAUCCUGCUGGAAACAGCCGCUUUUCUAGGUAGCGCUUACGAAGAUCCAGGGAGAGCUGACCCGUCUCUGUCGCGCAGUUUGCAGCCUCCGCCGCCGGGGAGCUGUCUCAAAGGAUGGAUUUCAGCCUGCUCCGGAACAUCAUCAGCAGAUACUGUGCAGGAGAGGAGAACUGGGUGGACAGCCGGACGGUGUAUAUCGGCCAUAAAGAACCGCCUCCGGGAGCUGAGGCCUACAUCCCUCAGCGUUAUCCCGACAACCGCAUCGUCUCCUCUAAGUACACCUUCUGGAACUUCAUUCCCAAGAACCUGUUUGAGCAAUUCAGAAGAAUCGCUAACUUCUACUUCUUGGUCAUAUUUUUGGUCCAGCUUAUCAUCGACACCCCCACCAGCCCAGUCACCAGCGGCCUGCCCCUCUUCUUUGUUAUCACCGUCACCGCCAUAAAACAGGGCUAUGAAGAUUGGCUCAGACACAAAGCUGACUGCUCCAUAAACGAGUGUCCGGUGGACGUGGUGCAGCAGGAGAAGGUGGUGAGGACGCAGAGCCACAAACUACGGGUGGGCGACAUCGUCAUGGUGAGAGAGGACGAGACUUUCCCCUGCGACCUCAUCUUUCUCUCCUCCAGCCGGGACGACGGCACCUGCUACGUCACCACCACCAGCCUCGACGGGGAGUCGAGUCACAAGACCUAUUACGCUGUACCAGAUACCAUGGCCUUUAAAACGGAGCAGGAGGUGGAUUCAUUACAUGCCACUAUUGAAUGUGAACAACCGCAGCCUGACCUCUACAAAUUUGUGGGACGCAUUAACAUUUACAAGGACAAAGAGGAGCCUGUGUCCAGAACACUAGGAGCUGAGAAUUUACUUCUUAGAGGAGCCACGCUGAAGAACACACAACAUAUUUAUGCUGUUGCAGUCUACACUGGCAUGGAGACCAAGAUGGCGCUUAAUUACCAGUCUAAAUCUCAGAAGCGCUCUGCUGUUGAGAAGUCGAUGAACGCCUUCCUCAUCGUGUACUUGUGCAUCUUGAUCAGUAAAGCUGUGAUCAACACUGUCCUGAAGUACGCCUGGCAAUGGUCGCCUGACCGGGACGAACCCUGGUACAACCACAGGACUGAGAACGAGCGCCAGCGCCAUGUGGUCAUCCGAGCCUUUACAGACUUCCUGGCCUUCAUGGUUCUGUUUAACUACAUCAUCCCGGUGUCCAUGUAUGUCACUGUAGAGAUGCAGAAGUUUCUCGGGUCAUAUUUCAUUACUUGGGAUGAGGAAAUGUUUGAUGAAGAGCUGGGGCUGGGAGCCCAGGUGAACACCUCCGACCUGAACGAAGAGCUGGGACAGGUGGAGUAUGUGUUUACUGAUAAGACCGGCACUCUGACUGAGAACAACAUGGAGUUUAUUGAAUGCUGCGUGGAUGGCAAUGUCUACAUCCCACAUGCCAUCUGCAAUGGUCAGAUCCUCAGUGCAGCCUCGAGUAUAGACAUGAUCGACUCCUCACCUGGAGGGUACAGGAGAGAGUACGAGGAUCUAUUUUUCCGGGCGCUGUGUCUCUGCCACACGGUGCAGGUGAAGGAGGAGGAGACGGUGGACGGCAUCAAAAGAGGCAUCCAUCAGGGCAGGCCCACUUCCUUUUACAUUUCCUCAUCUCCAGACGAAGUAGCUUUGGUGGAAGGAAUGAAAAGGCUGGGUUACACCUAUCUGCGACUCAAGGACAACUAUAUGGAGAUCCUCAACAAAGACGACGAGAUCGAAAGGUUUGAACUGCUCCAUGUGCUGAACUUCGACUCUGUCAGGAGGAGAAUGAGCGUCAUAGUAAAGUCCAUCUCAGGAGAGUACCUGAUGUUCUGUAAAGGUGCAGACUCAUCUAUUUUUCCUCGCGUAGUGUCUGGAAAGGUGGAGCAAGUCAAAGCCCACGUGGAGCAGAACGCUGUAGAGGGGCUGCGGACUUUGUGUGUCGCCUACCGAAGGCUGUCAGAGUCGGAGUACCAGGAAGCGUGUCAUUACCUGACUGAAGCCAAGCUGGCCCUGCAGGACAGGGAGCAGAGGCUGGCUCAGGCCUAUGACGUCAUUGAGAGGGAUUUUGUCCUCCUGGGUGCUACAGCAGUGGAGGACAGGCUGCAGGAGAAAGCUGCGGACACCAUCGAGUCGCUGCACAAGGCCGGCAUCAAAGUCUGGGUCCUCACAGGGGACAAGAUGGAGACGGCCGCCGCCACAUGUUAUGCCAGCAAGCUUUUCCGUCGCAGCACCCAGAUUCUGGAGCUGACCAAGAAGCGCACCAAAGAGCAGAGCCUGCACGACGUUCUGUUUGAGCUGAACAGGACUGUUCUUCGGCAGCGCUCCAUAUCUGGGUAUGGAAGUCAGUUGUUCCCUGCUCCAAAUCUGGUUAAGUUUAUUGUGUUGACAGAUCUCCUUGAUAAACAUUAUUCAAUUUCUGAUUACAGGUUGUCAGUGGACUGCCUUGAUUUUGGCCUGAUUAUCGAUGGGGCAACACUUUCUGCAGUACUAAAACCCAGCCAAGAGGUGUCUGGCCAUGGAAACUACAGAGAGAUCUUUCUUGAAAUCUGUCGCAACUGUAGCGCUGUUCUCUGCUGUCGCAUGGCACCGCUGCAGAAAGCUCAGAUUGUGAAGCUAAUUAAAUCCUCCAAGGAACAUCCUAUAACACUCGCUGUUGGAGAUGGAGCCAACGAUGUCAGCAUGAUCUUAGAAGCACAUGUUGGCAUUGGCAUCAUGGGUAAAGAAGGCCGACAGGCAGCCAGAAACAGUGAUUAUGCCAUCCCAAAAUUUAAACACCUGAAGAAGAUGCUUCUGGUCCACGGCCACUACUACUAUAUCCGAAUCGCUGAGCUUGUUCAGUACUUCUUUUACAAGAAUGUGUGCUUCAUCUUCCCUCAGUUCCUGUAUCAGUUCUUCUGUGGGUUCUCACAGCAGCCCCUGUACGACACGGCAUAUUUAACGCUGUACAACAUCAGCUUCACCUCCCUCCCCAUCCUCCUGUACAGCCUGGUCGAGCAGCACGUGACCAUCGACACACUGAAGAGGGAACCCUCUCUGUAUAGGGACAUCGCAAAGAACUCCCUCCUCCGUUGGCCCGUCUUCCUGUACUGGACGUGCCUGGGUGUGUUUGACGCGGUCAUCUUCUUCUUUGGUGCCUACUUCCUGUUCGACAACACCACCUUCACCAGCAAUGGCCAGAUGUUCGGAAACUGGACAUUUGGGACUCUCGUCUUUACUGUCCUUGUUUUCACCGUAACGCUCAAGCUUGCCUUGGACACGCGUCACUGGACUUGGAUAAACCACUUCGUAAUCUGGGGUUCGCUGCUUUUCUACGUCAUUUUCUCUCUUCUCUGGGGCGGCAUCAUUUGGCCCUUCCUGAACUACCAGAGGAUGUACUACGUGUUUAUGCAGAUGUUGUCCAGUGGUCCAGCGUGGCUCAGCAUCAUCCUCCUUAUUACCGUCAGCCUGCUGCCGGAUGUCAUCAAGAAAGUCCUCUGUAGGGCUAUUUGUCCAACAGCUACUGAGCGAGCACAGGUCAGCGAGAAGCUGCUGCCUGGCAGCAUGGCUGAGGUGACUCCUCUGUCCUUUCGUCGAUCCUACAAAGGCAGGAGCACAGACUCCCCCCUCCUCCACCUCGGUGCUGCAGAAACGCUGUCCCUCCGCAGCUCCAGUCCUCUUCCCCAGAAACUCCUGGCUCACCUGGCAGAGGGAGGAGGGUCCGACCUGACCUCUCUUAGCCCCUACAUGCUUCGUCUGUCAGGGGCGGGGUUUGCUUACUACGCUCCAGGACCGGAGACCCCUGUGUGAAAAAACCGCCAGCUCCAUCUGAAGAUGCGUCGUUAAGCUCUCCAUUGCAAGAAUAUAAAGAAUUUAUUGAACACCCCUCAAAAUCAUGGACGCUCCAUGUUCAUUAUGUGCAUUUUCUGGGGUCCACCUGAGUGGACCACCAUUGUCAUUGCAGUGCCCUGACUCUUUCUGUCAAAGUUCCCUGGCAAACUCCCAGUCAGAACAGUCGGAGAACUCAAAGGGAGCCUUGUUUGUUUUUUGCUAUUUUUUUGUGAACUCAUCCCCAUUUUUACUCUCGUCAUUGCUCUUCCUUCACUUUUAUGUCAUUUUCUAUUUUAUUUUGUAAAUCUUUGUUUAAAAAAAUUGUUGUUCAUGGACACUCUGUGGUCUGGCCAAGUAAGGCGGAAGCAGUCUUGCUCAGCCCUUUAGGUAUGCGUGCGUAUGCAUGUGCUCUAUAAGUACGCAUGUAAUUGCCUGUUUUUUUGUAUGUUUGUACGUGACACACACCUUUACACCUUUGCCUUACAGGUACGCAGCAGAAGUGGGAGCUAAAGGAGCAAGGCGUGAAAAGGAAUUGUUGUUUUACAAAGCCUUACACAGACUCACACAUGUUCAUUAGAUUUGCAGUGCCUUACAAAACUAUUCAAACCUCUUAGACUUUUUCACGUUCUGUCUUGUUGCAGCCACAAACUUUAAGUUUGGAGGGCUUCGUGUGACAAAGCAACACAAAGUAGGAAAUAAACUAAGGAGAGAGCAUUAAUCAGGAAAAGCAUCAAAGAGGUUCCUCUGCAGCUCCUCCAAAGGAGGAGCUGCAGAGGUCCACAGCUUAGGAGUGAGAUUCUGUUAAAUGGAAAACUGAAGAGGUUUGUAGCUGUUAUUACAUAAAAGGUGAACAGCGAACAAAUAUCCACUCCAUACUUUUAUUAUGUUUAUUUAUUAAAAACCAUGUAUAAGUUCCCUUCCUCUUAUUCGCCACUUUGUGUUGGUCUGCCACACGAGAUUCCAAUAAGACGUUGCAGUCUGCAGUUGCAUUCUGACGGAGUAUUAUGACAAAGUUUAAGGGUUAUGAAUGUUUUUGAAAGGCACUGUAAAGGAGAGCUGGAGCGACCUUAGAGGAAAGUGCAGUAUUUUAGCCACCCUGCCUUAAUUCAUGGACACCAUUUUCAGUCGGUCAAAUAAAACACACUUAUGAAAGUACAAGGAUAUUCACAGGGAUUACAUGUCUGUUACAGCGUCUGUUAUCCCCCUGUCUUCUUUCUACCCUCCUAAUUGUGUCAACCUUUGUCUCAUUUAUCUGUCAGCGUAGCAUGUUGAAUUGUCUCUGCAUGCUGUGCUACUCUUCUGUGUUAUCACGGCUUGUUGCAGACAUGGUCAUCACAAAACAUAUCAAGUUAUUUUUGUUUCCUUCCUGAUCAGCGAGCAUGCCCUCUGCUGCCACCGUGUGGCCGCUUGAGGUACUAGUCUGGAAAAGAUGGGGUACUGAUUUAUGAAUGUUGCUAUCCCUCGCUGUUGCAAUGUGCUUGUGUAUUUGCUGCCACGAUAUGUGUCAUGAAAAUGCUAAUGUCAGAAUGCUAAUAUUAGGUAGGUGUGUUACUAGGGGUUGUCUCUGUGUUGCAUCAACUCCUACGUUUUUGUUUUUCUUUUCUGUAAUGCUCUCUAAAACUAUUGAUGUCAGUGUUAUAUGUAUGGAUGUAAAUGACAAAGAUUUUGCUA